AUGGGUGCUCCAACAAAAGAGACGGCAGCAGAAAAUGCUGCAACAGACAAUUUGGAAACAAAUAAAGGCACUGAUAUGGUAACUUUAAAAACAAUAAAAAGCAACAAAACACUAAAACGAACCACAGUUCAUCGUAUAGCUCUCGGAGACAUCACGCCUAAUAACUUGGGUCAGUUAAAGAAAUUAAACACGGUUCUCUUCCCUGUUCAAUACAGCGAAAAAUUUUAUAAAGAUGUUUUGGAAGUUGGUGAAUUCGCUAGAUUUGCAUAUUUCAAUGAUUGUUGUGUUGGAGCGGUUUGUUGUCGUAAAGAACCAUUAAAGGAGGUAAAUCAAGGGAUACCUUCCGAUCAAGCAAAACUUUAUAUCAUGACGUUGGGAGUUUUAGCACCUUAUC